UUUCACAUGAAACUUGCUGCUUAACAUACCAUUCACUUCCUGUCUUGCGCGUUUCACCAAGCGUGGACUAUUUAAACAACACACCUUUACUUUCCCUAACAGAUCAUCCUUGAACGUCAAGUAACAGAGAUGAAGAACUUUUUAUUCGUGAUCGUGGCAGCAGCAGCAGCAGCCCAGCAGUUCCCGGAUGUGUCCGUGCGACUCGCCGGCGAUGGCUUCUUCCGCCGAGGAACCGGAGCCGCCUCGAGCUCGCCCUCCGCGGGAGGAUUUCAGCCGAGGGCGAGCUUCCCGACCGACGGGAAGCAGGCCAGUCCUGGCGCUUCAGGAGGCGGCAGAUCUGGCUCGCCGAGCGGCAGCAGUGCCUCUGGUGCCACGGGCGGCUCCGCUUCGUCGAGCGGCAGCAGGUUUCGGUCGGGCUCCGCCAUCGGACGUCAGGCCGACGUAGGCGACGUCGACGAAGCCGUGGACGGCGUGUUCGAGCCCCUGAACCUCCCGGCCUCGGCCUCGAGCCUGUUGGGGAGCAUCUCCACCGCCUUCUCCUGCGACGACCUCCCCUACGGCUACUACGCCGACCGCGACAACGCCUGCCGCGUCUACCACGUGUGCUACCCGGCGCUCUUCGCCGACGGCGACAGCGUGACGUACCAGUACAGCUUCAUGUGUGGCGCGGGGACGGUGUUCGACCAGAGGGAGCUAACAUGCGUGGAUCCUUCCGUGGCGAGCCCUUGUGAGGAAUCCUACAACUACUACUUCACCAACGAGCAAUUUGGUCUCCCUGAGGAAAGACUACAAUUUCUAUAGAGAUAUACUGGAAGUGUCCGUUGUUGUUAGGUACAGUCGCGGUUCAACUUUUGUCCCUAAUGCGAAGCCUCGAAACACUGUCUCGAAAUCCUGUAUUGAAGAUUCACAGACCAGUAUCAAAGUUGCCACACCAUACCGAUUUCUUUGAAGUGUCAUAUCUAAGUCUGAAAUCACUAUACCCAGAAGCAUCGUAACAAAGCCUCGAAGCACUAUAUCAAAGCCUAGAUACACAAUAUCGAGCCUCAAAAAACAGAGAAUUCGAGCCUCGAGACACUAUACUGAACAUUAUAGCGCCAUACUGAAGCUUCGAAAUAUUAAGCGUUACAUCGGCUGGUUAUUUGAGUCGGGUUUCGGAUCGUGUUGACAAGAGUUCGAAC